CUUGGGCCUCGAUGUAAGAAACCGUAUAUUUCAGGUGAAUAUCCCGGUGUGAGAUUACGUCUAGUGCUCAAGAGAAAUAUCUCGUACCAUCUUCUGCGGACUUAUCUACCCUCACUGCUCUUUGUGACUCUCUCGUGGUUCUCCAUGUUUGUUCCGUUGAAUCAUGUGCCUGGUGAGAUGCCAACCAAUCACGCAGUGUCACGUCGUGUGGGAAUGGGGAUGACGUCCUUGCUGACCACAGCCACCAUGUUCGGAGCACUCACCAGUAAAACACCGCCCAUUUCGUACUCAACCAAAUUGGAUGUUUGGUUUGUGGCGUGCAUCACUUUUGGAUUCCUCGCUCUCUUCGAAUUCACCAUUGAAAUUGUGUACAGAUACUAUUGGCAAAAAAUACCUAGGAUUCCGCUGUUUAAAGAAAAACCCAACAAAUCGACUCUAACCAAACAAGAAAAAGCCAUCCGAACCGACGCCGUCUUAUUGCGGAUGGAGCUUUGGGGAGCUGCUCUGCUUCUCAUGGGCUUUAUAAUAUUCAAUAUAUACUAUUGGGUCGAUCUUUACCAGACCUAUACGCGACCGGUUAAACAAUUUACAGAGGAAGAUGUGCCCUAAACAAAGUUUGUUAUAUCUUUUGCAUGUUUGAUACCCGUCUCGUGAACAAGUAACCCGGUGCCUGAGAAAUUUAUCAUCGAAUAAAAGACCCAGAUAAAUCCUAUCUUACUCAUUCAAUACAAAGAAAUGAUCGAGAUUGAGUACGAGUACACAAACAAGCCGGGGAUUUGAAUUCAAUGAGCAGCAAUUUCAAGGACAAACCGAUAAAGGCGCAAGAGGAUCGUGCAGGACCGUACGUUCAUACAGGAAAGCAUCAAUGAGUCGAUAGUGAGUAAGUAUUAUUGCACUUGCUCAGUCCUUGUUUCUGCCUUAUCUCACGACUUAUAGAUAGAAUGGAAGACUUAUCUGUGCCGCAACGAACAAACAAAACUACAGGUACUAGUUGAUAAAAAAUUUACACACUCAAGAAUCAUCAUGGGACAAAGUCAAGGGAAAUCCAAGAAGGCCUCCUCCUCCUCCGCCAACAAGUAUGCCCAUGAUAUCGCCUAUCUGGAAUCCCACACGGACUUGAGCAAAUUCCAAUUGGAGAAGAUUUUUGCACGCUAUUCUAAAAACAAGAAGCUGACGCAAAAGGAGUUCUUACAAGAGUUUAAGAAAACCUUCCCCAAUGUCGUGGAUCCCAAUCCAAUCGCUCAACGGGUAUUCCAAGCCUGCGACCAAGAUCACGAUGGUACGAUUUCUUUCAGGGAGUUUGUGUUUGCUUGUUCAAUCUUCACAAAUGCACCCCGAGAGGAAAAAAUGAAGCGGAUUUUUGACGUGUUGGAUCAAGAUCAAUCGGGAUCAUUGUCCUGUCAAGAAGUGAUCAAAUGUGUUAAACAAACCUAUGACAUUCUGGGCCAAUUGAACAUGGAUUACAACCGCAAAGGUAUCGAGGUAUUUCGAGUCAUGGACCAGGAUGGGGACAUGAAAGUUUCCAAAGAGGAGUUUUUAAAUGCUUGCCUGAAAGACGAAGAAUUAUGUGGUCUCUUGCAAAAAAGCGUGGGCGAAGAAAUGUUCACCCAACCGAACUAACUUAUUACUCAGUCAAAUGCGAUGAUCCAUAAUAAUGCCCGUAGUGAAUGAAAAUAUUAAGAACUUUC